AUGGAGGGAGGUCAAAGGCCAAGGGCCAAGCAAUUGAACAUUGGUACGGAAGAUGAAAUCAGCUCUCUCUACACAAUGCCGCCCAAGAAAGUAACCCCGAUGAAGACGGAUGGGACGCGAGAAUUUGCCACCAGCAUCGUGCGUUUCUCUGUGCAGCACGCUCAUCGCGAUAAAAUCGGCGCCUCUAAAGAAUGGUUCGCAGUUAUGGAUAACAUCAAGCGACAGCCUGAUUUCGGCUAUGUAUGCAAGGGAGAGCUAAUUGAUGACGAACUUGAUAUCGUCUUGUUCAUCGCCUGGGAGCAUGCUGCAAAGCCACCAGCUACCUUCUCGGAGAAUCUCGAUUCUAUAUUUUCCCCCCUACACAAUUUCUUAGCGAAGCGACCGCAGAUUACGGACACUGUCUAUCGUGUCAUGAAAAUGGACAGACAAUCUACUGGAACAUUCGACACAACGGGAAGCGGCUGCCACAGCCGCUUUAUCAAUGAGUUCAUGACAGUACGAGGACCAGCACAAGCGAUUGAGCCAGAACUUGAGGCUAUCCAAGAGAUAGCCAACAGCUAUAUGAGGCAGAGAGAAGUCGCAGAAGUUCUCCAUGGCCUGCUGUAUGACACGUUUUCUGGAUUAAAAUAUUUCCGCCUCGAUGACAACGAUAGCCCCGAAGCGAAUGAAGACCCUCUAAGCCACGCUCCAUGUGCUUUUGCUCUGGUUAUACGAUGGAGUGACGAACAAGGCCGGGCUGAAUUCCAGGAUCCCAAUAUCCCUGACAGCUCUCAACUUCCGGGAUUUCCUAGCAACUUCUGGCAAGAAGUUGUGAUACAGAGACUAGAGAAGCAGGGUGCCUCCAUUUCAUCCUGGUUGUAUCAAAACGCAGAUAUUGCUCGAGAUGAAAAAAAUAAGCUGCUAAUCGCAGAGGAGUUUGAAAAUUUAUGGCCUUAUAGUUACUAG